GGCCCCGCGGGCGGGCCGGGCGGGGCAGGAGCCGCCGCGGAGCCUUCGGGCCGCCGCGACCAUGUCGGACCAGGCGCCCAAAGUUCCCGAGGAGAUGUUCAAGGAGGUCAAGUACUACGCGGUGGGCGACAUCGACCCGCAGGUUAUUCAGCUUCUAAAAGCUGGGAAAGCUAAGGAAGUGUCGUACAAUGCACUCGCCUCACACAUCAUUUCAGAAGACGGGGACAAUCCGGAGGUGGGAGAAGCUCGGGAAGUCUUUGAUUUGCCUGUAGUCAAGCCUUCCUGGGUGAUUCUGUCCGUUCAGUGUGGAGCUCUUCUGCCAGUAAAUGGCUUUUCUCCAGAGUCAUGUCAGAUUUUCUUUGGAAUCACUGCCUGCCUCUCUCAGGGUGUUGACACAAGCUGGAGCUCUUUGUUGGAGUCUUCCAGAGCUCUCCAGGGAGAGGUGUCCCCUGAGGACAGAAGCGCCCUGUGGGCUAUGCUCACCUUCCAUGGCGGGGGCUGCCAGCUGACUCUCGACAAGAAGUGCACGCACCUGGUUGUUCCAGAACCAAAGGGGGAGAAAUAUGAAUGUGCUUUAAAGAGAGCAAGUAUUAAAAUCGUGACGCCCGACUGGGUCCUGGAUUGCAUAUCUGAGAAGACGAAGAAGGACGAAGCACUUUACCACCCUCGUCUCAUCGUUUAUGAAGAGGAAGAGGAGGAGGACGAGGACGAGGAGGGGGUGGAAAACGAGGAACAAGAUUCCCAAAAUGAGGGCAGCACAGACGAGAAGUCGAGCCCCGCCAGUUCUCAGGAAGGCUCCCCCUCGGGGGACCAGCAGUUUUCACCCAAAUCGAACACUGAAAAAUCUAAAGGGGAAUUGAUGUUUGACGAUUCUUCAGAUUCGUCCCCUGAAAAACAAGAGAGAAAUUUAAACUGGACCCCCGCGGAGGUCCCGCAGUUAGCGGCGGCGAAGCGCAGGCUGCCUCCUGGCCAGGAGCCCGGGUUAAUUAACUUGUGUGCCAACGUGCCGCCGGUCCCAGGGAACAUCCUGCCCCCCGAGGUCCGCGGUAAUUUAAUGGCUUCAGGACAAAACCUCCAGAGUUCCGAAAGGUCAGAGAUGAUAGCCGCUUGGAGUCCAGCUGUGCGGACGUUGCGAAACAUCACUAAUAAUGCUGACAUUCAGCAGAUCAACCGGCCGGCCAACGUAGCACACAUCUUACAGUCCCUCGCAGCUCCGACAAAGACCUUAGAGCCGCAGGUGAACCACGGCCAGCAGGGCCAUGCGAACGCAGCGCUGCUCAGCCAGGCGAAAGUGACCCCGGAGCCGCAUCUGUCGCCGCCACCACCGCCGCCGGCCCCGCCGCCCGUCCUGCACCUGCCGCCCCAGCAGGCCCUGCAGCUCCAGCAGCAGCCUUACCCGCCGCCGCCGCCGCACCCGUUCCGGCCGCCGCUGCAGGCCCACCAGCCUCAGUUCCCCCCGCAGCAGCAGGCGCUGCAGCACCAGCUCGCACACUUGCAGCAGCUGCAGCGCCUGCACCAGCAGCAGAUGCAGACGCAGGCAGCCCAGGCCCCGCCGUGCCAGCCGCAGCACCAGCUCUUCGGACACGACCCAGCAGUAGAGCUUCCAGAAGAAGGCUUCUUACUGGGAUGUGUGUUCGCAGUUGCGGAUUAUCCAGAGCAGAUGUCUGACAAACAGCUGCUGGCCACCUGGAAAAGGAUAAUCCAGGCGCAUGGAGGUGCCGUGGACCCCACGUUCUCGAGCCGCUGCACGCACCUGCUCUGUGAGAGUCAAGUGAGUGGGCUGUUCGCACAGGCGGUGAAGGAGAGGAAGAGGUGUGUCACGGCACACUGGCUGAACGCGGUGCUGAAGAAGAAGCGGCUCGUGCCGCCCCAUCGGGCCCUGCACUUCCCCGUGGCCUUCCCGCCCGGGGGCAGGCCGUGCUCCCAGCACAUUAUUUCUGUGACUGGAUUUGUCGACCGCGACAGGGACGACCUGAAGUUGAUGGCUUACUUGGCAGGUGCCAAGUACACGGGCUAUCUCUGCCGCAGCAACACGGUUCUCAUCUGUAAAGAACCAACUGGUUUAAAGUAUGAGAAAGCCAAAGAGUGGAGGAUCCCGUGCGUGAACGCCCAGUGGCUGGGAGACAUCCUUCUGGGGAACUUGGAGGCCCUGCGGCAGAUUCAGUACGGCCGCUACACCACCUUCAGCCUGCAGGACCCCUUCGCCCCGGCUCCGCACUUGGUUUCAAACCUUCUGGAUGCUUGGAGAGUUCCAUUGAAAGUGUCAGCAGAGUUGCUGAUGGGUGUACGACUACCUCCCAAACUGAAGCAGAAUGAAGCAGCUAAUAUCCAGCCCUCUUCCAAAAGAGCCAGGCGUUCUUUUCUAUGUGUAUUUUAUAGAAUUGAAGAUAUACCACCUCCCACUAAGAAGUUAACACCAGAAUUGACCCCUUUUGUGCUUUUCACUGGAUUUGAGCCUGUUCAAGUUCAACAGUAUAUUAAGAAGCUCUACAUUCUUGGUGGGGAGGUCGCCGAGUCUGCACAGAAGUGCACCCACCUCAUCUCCAGCAAGGUGACGCGCACCGUGAAGUUCCUGACGGCCAUCUCCGUGGUGAAGCACGUCGUGACUCCGGAGUGGCUGGAGGAGUGUUUCAAGUGUCAGAAGUUCAUAGAUGAGCAGAACUACCUUCUCCGAGACGCCGAGGCCGAGGUGCUUUUCUCCUUCAGUCUGGAGGAGUCCUUGAGGAGGGCACGCGUGUCUCCGCUCUUCAAGGCGAAAUAUUUUUACAUCACUCCUGGAAUCUGCCCGAGUCUUUCAACUAUGAAAGCGAUUGUGGAAUGUGCAGGAGGGAAAGUACUGUCUAAACAGCCGUCUUUCCGGAAACUCAUGGAACAUAAGCAAAAUAAGAGUUUGUCAGAAAUAAUUUUAAUAUCCUGUGAAAAUGACCUUCACUUGUGUCGAGAAUAUUUUGCCAGAGGAAUAGACGUUCACAAUGCAGAGUUUGUUCUGACUGGCGUGCUCACACAGACACUGGACUACGAAUCAUAUAAAUUUAACUGACGCACCUGCGCUGGUGCCUGGAGCCCGGCGCACGGGUCUGGCUGUGUCAGCUGCCGGAUGGAGCGGCCCCCGCUCCCUUCAGAGACACCCUUGUUUUCCAGCUGCUUUCUUCGGGGACAAGCAUUUUAAAGCAGGAAGACAAAUAUAUUAAAUAUACUGCAUCUUAUUAAGAUGUGCAAUUUUAUUCUGAUGAAACAUAAAUUAUGUUUUGUAUUAUAUGACUUUAAGAGCCCACAUUAGGUUUUAUGAUUCAUUUGCCGGGUUUUUAAAUGUUUUCACAAUACUGUUAAUGGAACUUUAGCUGCAAAUAAAACGGUGUAAAUAAAGACCUUGCUAUCUCUAAAUUAUGAAUGUUAAAGAUUUGAAAUGUUUUGUACUUUUAUUUUUAUUUCUUACACUCUUUUCUUUUAUAUUGAUAUC